GAGGAGGAGCUGCUGUUACAUUUCCCUAAAGCUGCACUAGAACUGGUUAAGUUAGGUGUUAGUGGUGAACACUGGCACAGACAGUCCACAGAGCAGCAUCAGGAUGGAAGGGAUCUUCAUUGGUGUCUUGUGUCUCUCAGGGUGCCUCACGUUCUCCACAUGCCUCCUCCAUCAGUACCACUUUGUGUCUGAUGAAAUGAAUUGGACUGAAGCUCAGAGCUACUGCAGAGAGAAGUACACAGACCUGGCCACUAUUGAAAACACUGAAGAAAUGAAGAAGCUUAAAGACACAGUUUCUGCUGCUGGUCACAGCUCUAAGGUUUGGAUUGGCCUGUACAGUCAUAUUGACUGGAAGUGGUCAGAUGGGUUCAACCAGAGUGGAGCUGAAUAUAGGAGCUGGGAUAAUUAUCAGCCAAACAAUCAUCAAGGCAAUGAGCUCUGUGUGGCCACGAAUGGCUUGAUAUGGAAGGAUAAUGGCUGCCUAAGGCCGAGUCCAUUUGUCUGCUACAACGGAACAUUAGAGGAUUUUCACUUUGUGCUGGGGAAUACAGCAAAGACUUGGACUGAGGCUCAGAGGCACUGCAGAGAACACUACACAGAUCUGGCCACUGUGAGGAACGACGCUGACAACAACAAGAUACAGACCUUGUUACCAGCUGGUAAAUGGACAUGGAUCGGUUUGUACAGAGAUCCUCAGAUUUACUGGUCUGACGGGAGUAACUACUCAUUCAGCUCCUGGUAUCAUGGUGACAACCCACUUGGCUCGAUGAAAGUCAUAUGUGGUGUUGCAGAUCUGGAGCAGGGAGGACAAUGGAGGAUAUUUUCCUGUCAAGAAAGAAAACCGUUUGUCUGCUACAGCGUCCCAACAGUGAAGACUGUGGUGAAGAUGAGGGUGAAGCUAGAGGACUCCUCUUUGGACCUGAAUGACCCUGCUGUGAAAGAACAGAUUCUGAAACAGCUCCAGGACAGAUUGAAGGAGAACGGACUGAGUGGCGUCACCUUGAAGUGGAAAAAACAGGCUGAUGGGAAAGUUUUCCACAAGGAGGAAAAAGGUUCUGACAAGAAAAAAAAAACUGAGCUUUAAUAUUUGAAUUCAACUUUCAUUACAUGUGCUAAUGUUUCAUGUCUGCAUGUAUACACACCUCUAUCACUGUACACAGUUAAACCAUACCAAUGAAUGAUGUUGUAGAAAAACUAGGUUGCAACUGUACGCUUUCACCAGACAGCACCAUAUAUCCAGCAUAAAGAAAUGUAAUAAUGUAAGUGCCCUUACUGUAAUAAUUGUUUUUUCAACCUAUAUUAAGUGUGUGGAAAUGUAAUCAUAAAAAAAAUGCAGAUAAACAUCGCCCAAAUCUAAAGGAGUCUGGAGACAGGACCUUCUAAAUCGAGUAAGGCCUGAAACAGAGGCCUCCAAAACUCCAAGAUUUAUAAUGGUGUCAAAGUUGGACCAACAAUCACAACUUUAAUAAACCAUUAGAGUCUACCCCUGACUUAACUGUAGGGGGAGACAAAGUCAGGAGAUGGAGAGAUUCACCUCCUGUUCAGGUAAACGGGUGACAGCAGAGCCAAAGAUGAGCAUACAAGCAGAAGGUUUGAUCCUCAGUCUUCAGUUGGGUUCAGGAACCGGCUCAGGUUUACAUCUUGAAAAGAAAAAUAAA